GCACGACCUGAAGAUAUGACUUUGUUAUCUUUCUGGAUCUCAAAUUGCACGUUAUUGUUGUACUAUUUGAAGAAAGAUACUGGACUUGCUAUCGCAACAGUAGAAUAUCAAUUACGAAUUUCAGAACUUCUUCAUGAAAUAUAUGUUCUCUUAAUAAAAGAUGCUCAAAGACGUAUUGAUAAAAUAUUAGAGGCAGCUGUAUUAGAGUUUGAUACAAUUCCGGGAUUGGAUGAUGUGAGAUUCGAGGGUGAAUGGCGUGUUUUCAAACAUUUAAUACGAAGGUCAAAGAGCCCCGUAAAUUAUAAUCCUGCAUUUAUACCAACUUCUACAUCUUUGAAACGAAGUUCAUCAACAAGCAGCAUUUUAUCAUUCCGUGCACCUCAAUCACCAAGACAAAGGAGCGCACCAUCCCCUCGUAAUGUCACUUCUUUAUUAUCUUCCACACUUUUUGUCCUACAAACUUAUGAGAUACAUCCCAUGAUUAUAGAACAAGUUAUGAAUCAAUUGUUCUAUUUCAUAUCAUGUGAACUAUUUAACAAAAUACUAUCCAAGAAGAAAUACUUGUGCCGAUCAAAAGCAAUGCAAAUUCGUCUAAACAUUUCAACUAUUGAAGAUUGGGUUCAUACGAAUAAUUUGUCAUUAUCAUUGAUAACACACUUUCAACCAUUAAUUCAGCUCUUACAGUUAUUAAUGUGUUGGUCGCAAAUGACAGAUUUCCUAAUUUUGAUUCAAACGACAAAAGAACUUAAUCUUAUUAACCCCGCUCAACUUAAGCGGGUCAGUAAAAAUUAUCGGUAUGAGGUUAAUGAGCCAAGGAUAACCGAAGAAUGUCAACAAUACAUCUUACAGUUGGAAGAAGAUACCGAACGACGGAAGAAAAGAUAUUCCACCGAAAGCAUACGGAGCGAUCGAAGUGAUGCUUCUAGUAUCAUUUAUCUCACAGUAUCACCCACAUUACCGCCUUGUGGUACAGGACCAGGUUGGGAAGAUGAUGAAGAUUUGAUGGAGAUGAAAGAUAGUGAAUUAUUAUUACCGUUCGCUAUACCGACCAGCACAGAAAUGUUGGCUAAUUAUGGUGGACAAGAGAAAGAAGAUGAAUUCAUACCUUUGGUACCUGAUGAUUGGAUGGAAAAAUUAGACAUUGGAAUGAGACAUGGUCCAAGCACUGUU